AUGCCAGACACAAGCCAACCCCACAAACUCUCAACCUUCACCUCCUCCGAACCCCUCCUCACCCUGUCCAGGCCCGGCCUCACCAUCCGCCCGCUCCUACACUCCGAUGCCGCCCGUCUGGCCCUGCUCUGCAACAACAUCAAGAUCGCCCGCAACCAGGGCCGCCUCUGGCCCUUGCCGUACACCCUCGACUGCGCUCAUGACUGGAUUGCCAACACGCGCCAUCCAUCAAACUUCAUCCUGACUCAUGACCUUGGUGAAUUGCCUGAGCACAGCCAAGUCCCCAUCAAAGCACCCAAACGCUGGGCCAUCGCUCUGAAUGGCGAGCAAAUCGGUGGUUGCGGGAUGGGGAUUGUCCCGCUAGGCAAUGAUCGCGAGGGCGACGAUAGGGUAGGUGCAAUCGGCUACUGGAUUGCGGAGGAGUACUGGGGCCAGGGGAUCAUGACUGAGGUAUUGAAGGCGUAUGUGGCGUGGUUGUGGAGGGCACAUCCCAAGCUGGAGAGGCUCAAUGCGCAUGUGUAUAAUUGGAAUCCGGCGAGUGUUGGGGUGUUGAAGAAGUGCGGGUUUGAGCUGGAAGGGACUUCGAGAGCGGCGGUGAUGAGGUUUGGGAAGAAGUGUGAUUUGUUGAACUUUGGGAUUUUGAGAGAGGGUGUGGUAGUUGAUGGGGAGGCGCCGACUGAGUUGCCGGCAGGUUAUAAUGACUAG